AUGCAGUUCCACAACCUCCUCAUCCUGGCACUCUCUGCCACCUCCACUGCUCUGCCUUCUGGAUCCGGCACCAACGAGGUCCACAGCGUAGAGAAGCGCGGCUGCUACUCUGGCGGCGAGCCCUGGGGAGACAGCAAGGACUAUGCCUUCCAGCUCGCCGCCGGCGCUUGCAAUUCGGCCAUGGGGCAGCGCACGUACACGGCCCUGAGCUCCAGCACUUCCACGUGCUACGAUCUCGGCAAUAACAGGCACGUCAACUUUAACAUUUUCAAGCUGACUGGCGACGAUCGCUUCUUGGGAUACGACGAGUGUUAUGAUGGACUCCAAAAGGAGAUCAAUGGUUGCGGUUAUGGCGGCGACUCGAGCUACACCAACUGGCGAUACAUCUCCGAUCCCAACGCCGGUGGUUGCUAA